AGUUCCAGUUUUUUUAUUUUAUGUGAAAGCUAAAAACUGUGGGCGCUCACGGUGCUGUUGUACGCAACUACUCAUAGCAUAGAUUGAUGGCGAACUCUCUGCAACGCAGUAUCUGGAGCCAUGGUCGUGGUCUCCGAACCACGCUAGUCCAGUGGUCCAGACCAUUCUCCGCCGACGCACUGGUCGAGAGAAAGCCUAGCGAGAUCGGCGUCGUCUCCGGAAUCCCCGAUGAACACCUUCGUCGCAGGGUUGUCAUUUACGCACCUGCUAGAACUGCGACUCAACAAGGAUCGGGAAAAGUUGGAAGGUGGAAGAUCAAUUUUAUGUCAACACAGAAGUGGGAAAAUCCAUUGAUGGGCUGGACAUCCACUGGGGACCCAUAUGCCAAUGUUGGUGAUGCUGCAUUGAGUUUUGAUAGUGAAGAAGCUGCAAAGUCAUUUGCAGAAAGGCAUGGUUGGGAUUAUGUGGUUAAGAAACGCCACACACCAUUGUUGAAGGUGAAAACAUAUGCAGAAAACUUCAAGUGGAAGGGUCCCCCGAAAACUGAGGUUCCCCAAAAAACUGAGGAAAACUGAUUUUAUUUCUCUCACUGAUCUUUUCUGUUGGUUCUAUCAUAAGGCAAUGGGGCAUGCAGUUUUCAUUUGAAAGUCACUCAUCCCGAAUGAAUUCCUUGAUUUUAAUAAAUGGGAGUUAUGGUUGUACCCUUUUUGUAAAAUCAUAGCAAGUUUAAGUUGCAUUCCCUGUACAAUUAAUUGAUUGGACAGUUGUCUCUUGUGUCCUCUUUCUUUGUAUUCAAAGGGAUUACUACACCAGCUUUGUUUCCUAUUCCUUUGUUUGACGUUUAAGUCGUUCAUGCUUUGGUUUACAAA